CGCCAUGCCCCGCGUCUUCCUGGUGAAGAGGAGGAGCCCGCUGCCCGCCAGCCGCAGCUGGGACCAGCUGCCCGACGAGGAGCGAGCCGACACCUACAUCCCUGGAGAGAUAAAGUGUGUCCUCCUGAACUAUCGUAGUGAAGACAGCAGCAGCAGCAGCAGGGACACGGAGACAGCCAAUGUCUCUGCCCCGGAAUCCACUGCAGAGGAGGCACUUCUGGACUUGGCAGUGACCCACCCCACAGUCAGAUCCAAAAUCAAGUUCACCACAGGCAUCUGUGGUAAUGCCUCAGUGCACAAUUGUGAGUUAUGUGGGAAGGGAUUCCGCUUGCAGCGCAUGCUCAACCGCCAUGUGAAGUGUCACAGCCAAGUGAAGAGACACCUGUGCACCUUCUGCGGGAAAGGAUUCAAUGACACCUUUGAUCUGAAGAGACACGUAAGGACCCAUACAGGAAUCCGUCCAUACAAAUGUGAGAUCUGCAACAAAGCUUUUACUCAGCGCUGUUCUCUGGAAUCACACCUUAAAAAGAUCCACGGAGUACAGCAACAAUACGCCUACAAGCAACGGAGAGAUAAACUGUUCGUUUGCGAGGACUGCGGCUACACCGGCCCGACACAAGAGGACUUGUACGUGCACAUCAGUAACGUUCAUCCCGAAAGCACUUUUCUGAAGAAAACUUCAAAAAAACUUGCAGCUGCUUUGCAAAACAAACUGACCUCUCCAAUGGAGACGGACCCCGAAGAGAACAGGGUAGAGCAGUAA